CCCUUUUUACGGUUUUAGUUUAUUUCUGAGCAAAUUAUGUCAUGUUCAGUUUACUAUUUCAUUUGAAACAACAACUUAUUCAUACUCUUGUACUCUGUAUAUUUUUAUAUAUUUUCUAAAUUUUCUGCAAUGGCCGAUAAAGGCGGAUAUAAUCCCUAUGAUAAUCGAGAAGUAGAACAUCCAUUGACAAAUUUUGGUGCCUUCAUUUCGCUCAUCAAGUGUGUGGUGGGCACAGGUAUUUUGGCUCUGCCUAUGGCUUUUUAUUAUGCAGGAAUAAUUUUUGGAAUCUUUAUGCUGGUAACCAUCACUUUCUUGCUCAUCCAUGGAAUGCAAUUGUUGAUUAUUUGCAUGAUUGAAUGUUCACGGCGCCUUCAAAUUGGAUACUGCACUUUCCCGGAUACUAUGAAGUACGCUCUUGGCCAGGGUCCCCAGUGCUGUAAAUGCUUAGCCAAGGCGGGUGCCAUAAUAUGCGACGCGGUCCUUAUAUCCUCACACUACGGUGUAUGUGUUGUGUACAUUGUGUUCGUGAGCCUUAACCUGAAGGAAAUAAUGGACUACAACGUCGUAGAACUACAUCAGACGAUUUAUAUAGCCAUCAUUGGGGCUCUUUUGAUUUUCCCAUUUAUGAUAACUAGACUAAAGUGGCUGGUUCCCUUCAACGUGCUCGCCAGCGUUCUCGAAUAUUUGGCAUUUGCCUGUAUGAUUUACUACAUCUUCCAGGAUCUGCCUUCGAUAACUGAGAGAGCUAUUUUCUUUGGAAAAAUUGAAAAAAUGCCCCUUUUCUUUGGCAUUGUCCUGUUUUCAAUCUCCUCUGUUGGUGUGAUGUUGGCCAUUGAGGCCAAAAUGGAGCACCCAGAGAAGUACAUUGGAUGGUUCGGAAUCCUCGACAUUGCCGCAGUGUGUGUCGUCUUAUCGUAUAUAUUUUUUGGAGUCAUGGGCUACUGGAAGUAUGGAGAUGAUAUAAAACCGGCUUUGAGCAUCAAUCUGCCUACGAAGGAACCUCUUGCCCAAUUUGCCCAGGGGUGUAUUAUGUGUGCCAUCUUCUUCACCUACUCCCUGUGCGGCUAUGUGGUAAUCAAUAUAAUUAUGAACCACUAUUGGAACAAAAACGGCGACCUAAAGCAUGCUCUAAUCAAGGAGUUAAUCCUGCGAUUUGUUUUUGUUAUUGUGAGCACCAUUAAUGCCAUCGCCUUUUCAAACUUGGGACCCUUGCUCUCCCUUGUGGGGGCCUUCAGUAUCUCGCUGCUGAAUCUCAUUUUUCCAGCUAUGAUCGAGAUUUGUCUACUCUAUCCGCCAGAGUUCGAUUACGGCAGAAUGAAGUGGAAGUUAAUAAAGGACAUCAUGCUGAUUAUCAUUGGCACUGUGAUCCUAUUCCACGGAACCUAUGUGGCCAUCAGUGACAUGAUCGAGUCAUGGAUCUAUCAAACUACGGAGGCGCCGUCGACCGAGGACACUACUGAGGCGGACGAAUCCCCGUCAGAGGCUCCCAUGGAAGAAAAUCAGCCACCACCUGCUCUUCGGUUCUUUGCGGAUUAUAUAUCUCUAUGAGAGACAUCCAACGGACCUUCAAGGAAAAGUUAAUAACGGACAUUCUCUCCUAUUUAUUUAUCUUGACAAUUUGUCCUUGGAAAGAAGAUGUGUACCCCUUUUUAGGGAACUGUGCAAGAUAAGUUAUAAAAUGUAAUUUUUAAAUGGUCUUCGACAUUUAUUUGUAAAAAUUUGGAGCGUUUUAUAAGGUAUAUCCUUUAAAUAAAUAAUAUAAACCGCAA